UAAAGACUCAACACAUCAUAAAACCCCAACACACAAAAACACACACAGACAGUGUGGUAAACAAGAAAGAAAACAAAAUAUCCGAUCAGAUUGGAUUGGAUUCAAUUGGAAUCUGAUCGAAUUGAGUAAAAAAAAAAUGGCGGAAGAUUUAGUAUUAGAUACAGCAAUUAGAGACUGGGUAUUAAUACCGUUAUCAGUGGUUAUGGUUCUCAUCGGAAUCCUCCGUUACUUUGUUUCUAAACUCAUGCGCACCACUCAAUCUCCUGAUCCCAAAAUCAUCAAAGAAGGGCAGGUUAUAAUUAGGGCUAGGAAUUUAAGAGCUGCUGCUAAUUUCAUACCUGUUAAAGCUUUUCGUGCCCGCAAAUUGUAUUAUACUAAUGAGGAAAAUGGUUUACUUCAUGUUCCAAAGGGCCAGGCUCAGAAUCCACAAGCACAAAUGUUCUCUGAUCCAAACAUGGCUAUGGAUAUGAUGAAAAAGAAUCUUUCGAUGAUCAUACCACAGACCCUCACGUUUGCGUGGGUUAACUUCUUCUUUUCCGGCUUUGUAGCAGCAAAGAUACCUUUCCCAUUGACUCAAAGGUUUAGGUCCAUGUUACAGAAUGGGAUCGACUUAAGUACUGUUGAUGUCAGCUAUGUUAGCAGUCGCUCAUGGUACUUUCUUAAUCUCUUUGGUUUGAGAGGCUUGUUUAGUCUCAUCCUUGGAGAAGAAAACGCCACAGAUGAUACACAACGUAUGAUGCAAAUGAGCGGAUUUGGCUUUGAUCCAUCUAAGAGUUUGGGUGCAGAAAAAGAUGGUCUUGACAUAGUUCAGCAUGAUUGGGUCCUACCAAAGUUCGAGCAACGCGCUGAAGCUGUACUCAGAAAACGCCUUAGCUAAAUUACUAGACCUAUAGAGCACCGCUCUAUUUUGUGUUGGUAUACAAUUUCACCUGCUCCUGCUUCUAACCUAGUCGUAUUAGUGGGAAGUUGAGAUUUAAAAUAUUUUGACACUUAGUUUGACUAUUUUUAUUUUUUUUUGUCUUCACAAGGAACUUAUUUGAAUUGUAAUUGUUGUUAUAAUGUUAAAGGUUUUAUGUACUA